AUUUAGGAUUGAUUUUGGAGCUGCUUUUGGGACCAAAAGUGCUUUUACAAUUUAGUUGGGCUGUUUGGUAAAACCUGUAGAAUCAGCUUCCAUCCGGAAGCGCUUCCUUGAACCGCAGAAAUCAAGAAGCUCAAUUUCUUAGCUUUGGAAAUCUGCUUCUGCGGGAAUCAAGUUGAAGACGCGGAAGUGUUAAUGAAAUUUCUGAUAUUGGCGAAAUUGUCCUUCUGGUUUUCUUGCUUCUUCUUUCACGUCCACAUCCUCCGCUCUCUCACUGCUUCUUCUCUCUGACUGGCAAGGAGCCAAUCCAUAUCGUCAAAGAGCCAUUUGGAAUUGAUAUCUGCUGGGAAUUGAUGUCUGUUUUGAGUUAGCCCAGGGUUAGUAUUUCAUGAAUGCAUGGUUUUUGCUUUGUCAGUAAUUUGUAUAAUGAUUCUGAAAGGCCCCUGCAAUUUUGUUAAAAUUGAUAUGGCAAUGCUGCAAUUGACAUCUUCUGUUGUUAAUUGAGGACUUUGGGGUUGAGCAUCUGUUGCAAUUGGUAUCUCAUUCAUUGCCCUUCACCUAUCUCAGUGUCCCUAUCUAUAAAGGGUGUCCGAAGCCAUCCUAUUUCAGAACCAUUGCAGACAAAGUAAGAUGUAAUCUCUCUUCUUGGAAGGGUAAACAACUCUCCCAGGCUGCCAGACUUCAGCUAAUUUCUUCUGUUAUUCACAGUCAGCUCUUACAUAGCUUUCAGGUUUAUGCAUGGCCCCGGUCUCUCCUUUUGAAGGUGCAGCAAUGGACACGGAAUUUUUUCUGGUCUGGUGACCCCUUAAAGAAAGGCUCUGCACUUAUUGCUUGGGAUACAUGUUGUCUUCCGCUUGAGCAAGGAGGUUUGGGUUUAAAAAAUUUAUUUCAUUUUAACCGGGCUUUGCUCCUAAAGAAUUGUUGGAACAUAGUCAAUGGCUCAUCCCCUUCAGCAGCCCUCCUGAGAGAGCGAUUCUUUUCUCAUGAUUUGCUCCCUAUUCAGUAUUAUCAACGAUCCUCAGUGUGGCCUGGUCUUAAAAAAUUAUGGGAUUCUUUCUACUCUAAUCUCCAGUGGUUGGUGGGAGAUGGUAGCAGAAUUUCUUUCUGUUCGGACAAUUGGUUGGGUGCUUCAAUUUCUUCCAUUCAUCAGCUCACGCCAGUGGUGCAGUCCCUUAUGCCAUCCAGAGUUAGUGGUUUUAUUAAAAAUAAGCAAUGGGCAAUUCCUCCUAUCUUUUCUUUUUUCUUUCCAGAUCUUGCUUCAAGAAUUUCUAAUGUGGUGUUGCCUCUGGAAAAUGAGGGGGACCAAGUCAUCUGGCCUUCUAAUGCAGCAGGCAUUUUAACAACCAAGGAUGCUUUCAUGUUUCUCUCGCCACCUAGGCCUUUAGUAACCUGGUGCAAGUUGAUUUGGAAUAAGGCUUUACAGCCCCGCAAGAGCCUAGUGACUUGGAAGGUCUUAAAACAGAGGAUUUUAACUGAUGACUUGUUAGCAAGAAGGGGUAUUUGUCUCUACUCUCAGUGCUCUAUUUGUCAAAUACAGGGUGAGUCUUUAAAUCAUCUUUUCUAUGAGUGCGAUUUAAUCCAUGAUUUUUGGAGUUGGCUUGCUUCUUUUUUCCACAAGAGUAUUAUGCCGGGUACAUCUCUUGCUAAUCUUCUCUCCCCAGAUUUUCUAAAUGGGAUGACUAGUGCUUCAAAAACUCUAUGGAGUUUUGCUUUUUGCAAUGCUCUGUGGUGCAUAUGGUCGGAGAGAAACAAAAUCCGGUUUCAUGAAGCUACUUUUCAUUUAGCACGGUUCAAGCAUUGGUUUCUACUUUCUCUGAAAGAGUCUGCCUCCAUUCACUUUAUGCCAUGCUCUAACCCUUUGAGAAUGCAAGGCCUAUUCGCCGUGCUAGGUCUUUCGUCCCUGACUGUAAAGGCUCCAAAAUAUAUCCCAGUGCAAUGGAUCCCCCCCCCCCCAAUGCAUUGGUUGAAGGUGAAUACUGAUGGUUCUUUUCGAGACAAUAGCACAGCUGGAUUUGGGGGGAUUUUUAGAGAUUAUGAGGGUCAGUUUAGAGGAGCUUUUGCUAAAAAAGUGGAGACUCUCAGUGCAAUUGAUGCGGAAGUGUUGGCAGUUAUUGAGGCUUUGAGGAUUGCUUGGGUUAAGAGUUGGACUCACAUCUGGCUCGAAACCGACUCCAUGCUGGUGGUUCACUAUUUCAAGAAUCCAAAGUUAGUUCCAUGGAGGCUAUGGAGGGCAUGGUCUAACUGUUUGUCUUUCACCCGUAUGAUCCAUUUUCGAGUCUCUCAUACUUUCCGGGAGGGGAACACUGUUGCUGAUGCUCUUGCUAAUCAUGGUGCGUUCAAUGCGGGUUAUAGCUGGUGGGAUGACCUUCCAUCCUUUAUUGCUGGUCAUUAUGGGUGCGACCUGUCUUCUAUGGUUUAUUAUAGAUUUCGGUGAUGAUUUUGUUUGUCUUUAUUUUUUGUCUUUUCCUUUGUUUUCGCUUGUUUUGCUCGUACAAUGCAAGAAAUGCUUGUAUUUUCCUUCUUCAGGUUGGGUUUUGGUUUGGUCCCCCCAACUAUUUCGUAUUUCUUUUUAUGAUUUAAUAAAGGGUUAU